AUGACGGGAGAUUUCGGCUUCGAGAAGACGGUUUCAGCCAGCACGAUGGCCAUCAAAGAUGCGCAAGAAGCUGGUCUCCUCAGGGGAUUCAACGUCAGCAUCUUCAUCAUUUUCAUCAUCAGCGUCAUAUACAUGGACGACAAGUGCGACGGUAAGGAGGCACUGGGAAAAACUUCAGAACUCCACUACAUAAAGCACGUCAGUGCAUUUGUCGGUCUGCCCUGCUCAGCUGAAGUACAUUUUUUAGCACUGUCAAACACAUUCGCAACAAGUUUCCCAUUUGCAACAUUCGACAUCAACCCAGCAACACAUCAACACUUAAAUAUGUCAACACACUCCAUGAAACACCUUAUACUAAACUACGAGUUUAAUACAAAAUGGUUUUCUUUUGAUAUUCACAUUUUAUAA